GACAGUGUCAAAGGCUUUGCUGAAGUCUAGGUAGACCACAUCAACAGCCUUUCCCUUGUCUACCAGACGGGUCAGUAGAUCAUAGGAGAUCAGGUUGGUUAAGCAGGACCUGCCCUUUGUGAACCCAUGCUGGCUAGGCCUGAUCCCUGGUUGUCCCGCGCGUGCCGUGUGAUCUCCCUCUGCUCCAUAACAUUCCCUGGCACUGAGGUCAGGUUCCACUCUCCAGAAGUUCACCUCUUCUCCCUUUCUCAAAGGCAGAAAUAAGUUCUUGCAACAGACUAACUUACUGCCUUGACAGGUAUUUUUACUGCUAUGUUUCCUAUUUAUAGCCACAGUGCUUUGGCUGCUCUAUAAAUGGUUCUUUCAAAUCUCUCAAAAUAGGAUCAUUUUUUUUAUCUAUCAAAACACUGAAUUAGCUUUCGCUCAUACUUCAAUUUAGGAAUCCAUUAUCCUAAGUAUUAGAAAGAUUCUACUGUGAAGCCAAAGUCUAGAAAUCACGAAGGAUUUUUCAGAUUUUUAUCAAAUUUUCAGCAUGCAUUAAAAGUUCUUUUUAUGCUUUAUUGCUGGCUAAAUUUUGCUCUUAGAAAGCAAGAAUUAACUCCAUUUAUGCUACCCAAGAUUAUUAGUAAGUUAUGGGUUAUUGAGAACAAAGGGAGGGAAGAGAGCAGACUGAAGCGCUGAGAGAGAUCAGUGUGUGGGCAGUGUUCUCACUAGUUUAAUUCUUUGCCAAGAGGAAGAACAAAGUAAUUGUGGGGGGAGGAGAAAGCAUUUUCCAAACUGAAGCUGAGCUGGAAUGCCGAAGGCAGUUAUGAUGGCGAUAAAGCAGAGCUCUUUCCACGGAACAAGUCACUUCCCGGCUGUUUCUGCUCUGAGCUCAGGCUCAGCUCAGGAUUUAGAGAGAAAGCAGCAGGCCUGCGUACACGAGCCUAGCGGAGCCUCGCACCGAGCGCGGGACGGCGCGCACUGAGGAGGCGAGCGCUCAGCGCCGCCACAGCCCCGCACCCACAGCCGCCCGCCGAGCAGCCGCGCAGAUGGCGCCGCCGUCUCCCGCCUGGCUUCACCGCGCACGCUCAAGUGCUCCUCCAGCCCCGCCCUGCGUUGCCAUGGUUACCGCAACGCGCUGCCCGUGCUUGCAGCGCCACCAUGGAAAGCCGCCCGGGACGGGAGGUCCUGCGAGAGCCCUGCAGGGAUGGCACCGGAGCGGGGAGCGCCCCGCGGCGCUGAGCGGCACCCAGCACCUGGCGCGACGGCCGAUGUACUGCAAGCAUUCCUGUAGAAAGGUUAAAAAGUUGAGCUCGCCCUUCGGAGAUGGAAGGUGCCUCCGAGAGCUGCCCCUCAGGUGUUCCAGCAGGAGCACAGGCAGCAGAGCAGCCUCCUGCAGGGCCCAGGCAGGCUGGCAGCACGGAGCCGUCCGGUGAGGCCCUGCUUCACCCUGCUGCCAGCACGAUGCAGGCAGAGGAGGGCUGCAAGCUGCUGGCCUCCUGGGAGCAGGCAGGGGCAGCUCUGCGGGAGGCACCUGGAGAAGGACUCUGUCAUCAGGAGGUGAUGGGAGAUGGCAACCAAGGUGUGCUCGAGCCACAGAACCCCUUCAGUGCGUCACCUGAGAAUGCAUCUCCUGUUGCUGUUACAAAGUCCUCUACAUUACCUGAAUUAAGAAGUUCAGAAAGGGAAGAAGAAACAUCUCAAAAUGCGUCGCUGUCAGAGAAUGUGACAAGUUCAACAGGGACAGGAAGCAUAAUUCAAACUGUUGUGUGGAGUAGGGCUGAAUUUCAUGAAACUACCCAGUCUGAGAAGUUGUGUCUUGACCUGGAACUUUUACCUAGUAAAGCAGCUCAACAGGAUUACCAUAUGCCAGAUGUCAUCACUGUCAGAGUACAGAUGGCAGAUUCUGAGUCAUUCCACGAUGUAGCUGUGAAAAUUGAAAGACCUACUUUUCGUAAACCAUUUCUGGGUGGAUUUAAGAACAGACUAACAGGAGUGGAAUUCCAUAAUGCAGGGUCACAAACGGUACCCAAAAAAAGACCUGAAAAAGGAACUACAUUAUUUUGUAGAGAAACACAGACAGUUUUUGAAAGAAAUAGAUAUCAACAAACAACAAAUCCAACAUCUACACAGAUGACUAAAAGUGGUCUGUAUGUGUCUAACACAAGUGACAAACUAAUAACCCCUGGAAAGUACCUAACAGCACAGGAAUACCAUAAGCGUCGACUUGAAGCAGUAAUAGUAUUACAGAAAUACUUUCGUCGUUGGCAUGCUAGAAAUAUAGUACAAAACCUGAAGGAAAAAAAGAGAUUAAGGCUGGCAUGGGAAGCACAAGAAGUGUUACAAAGGGAAAAAGAGAAAGAAGACAAACUGAGAAUGGAGCAGGAGAGAAAACUGAACCCUAAAACCAAAGAAGACUUCGACCUGCUUUACCACGCUUUAGAAUCAUGGAGGCAGGAGGAGAUGGAACGGAUUAACAGAACUCUUACUGGAGCUGAAAGAAAGGCAGCACUUUGUGGACUUCUAGAACAAGAGACACAGCUGAUUGCUUCCAUUGGGAGACACAAGCUAAAUGCAGAUGAGGACAAUCAACAGAAAGCAGUGCUGCACUUUCUGGAUAAGUGUGCACAACCUAAGAGAUGGAAAGCAUGUGAUGGAAAAAUCACUGAAAUGGAUACACAAUACACACUCCGUGCCAGAGAACUACUUGAAAUCUACCGCAGUGUUAGCAUGAAUGACAUCCCGAAAGACGAGAGAAGAGAUGUGCUGCUAACACUCAGAGGUACAGUGAAGGAACACAAAUGUAAAUUAACACAGGAAAUAGUGGAAUUAAUUGACAGGGAAGUUGAUCUUAUGUCAAGAGAAGUAAAAGAAUGCAACUUAGAAGGACUGAGGAAAAGAAUUUGUACACUAUUUCUUCAGUAUAUUAAAAUUCCGAAGUUUAACCCUGAAGUUGCAAGGAUACUUAAGGUUCCACCAGAUCCCUUAAAGCUUUAUAAAAACGUUCACUUGUGUUGCAGUUGUCAAAAUUACUUACCAGCUACUGAGUUUCCUAUUCCUGCUAAUUCCCACACCGUUGGCAGAUGUCACUUCUGUUGCAAGCUUGAUAAUGAGGCUCGGCAACGAGAAUCAUUUCUGAAGUACAGACUGAUUCUAGAAAGUCUCAGAAAGUCUGAAGCUGAUUAUAAGGACGAUGCUAGAAUUGUUUUCUUAGUUCAGCAGCAUCUGCAGUACAUGAUUGAGAACAUAUGGGGCUGUCAGUCAGCUCUUAGUUCUUGCAAUGACCUCUAUGAUUUGGUUAUGGUCAGAUGGGAUAAGCAGCAAGAGUGGUCUCCAUGGAACACUAUUCUCCUCACUAAAGAUGAAGCUGAUGCACAUCUUAAGCUGCAUAACCUUCAAGAGGCUUAUGAAGCAUCAUUUAUUCAUGGAAUAAAGCAUAAGCAUAUCCGGGCAAAAAAGUACUUUGCUCAGAUCCCAGUGAUGACAUCACUUUUCCACAGGAGUGACAAGCAGGCUAAUGCAAGCUAAUUUUUAAUAGUUAUCCUUAUUCCUACUCAUAUGAAAACGUAACUCUUCAGAUAACAGGUGUCAAAGAAGUUCACUGAAUUAUUUACUAAUACAAUUCCUCUGCUUUUAAAGAAAUAUGUUGUUUUCCCAACAUCUAAACUGCAUUUCAUAGAUCAAAAUAAAAUUCUGAGUAUAAAAUAAUUUGAUCCUUACCAAUCCAUGUAACUGCAUUUCAUGCUUUGUAGCCUCAUUAUUUAAAUGGUAGAUAAUUGAUGGUGAGAUGUUUACAUUCAUGAGCCACGACUGUUUGGUUAUGUAUGCCUGUGUUACUUGGAAUAUUUUGUUUGCAAACUAAUAUUUUUGAUGAGGUAAUUAAGCUAAAUCUUUGUUGUCUUUUACUUAUAAAAGUAACAAUAAAUAUAUGAAAUUUAUUUCUCUGAUUUUAAAACGUUUGGCAGAAAACCCAGCAAAAAAACACCAAAUCAUAACCUAUCAAAAACCAAAAUUGAUAUUCUCUUCCAAAAGAAGCAGUUAUGCCUUGGAAACAUUGGUGUAAAAAAGUCAGCCAUCUUUUUGUGGCUCAUCCUGUUGGUCAUAAUGGAACUGCCAGAACGCAGUUAUCGGAUCCAAGAUCUUGAAGUUAUUGUGAAUCAGGCUUAACAUUUGAAAAUACACAGUGCAGACUGUUCAGAACUUGUUUAUCUUUUGAGAGGCUUGUGUUAUUUAAAGUAAAAGUUAAUUGCCUCCCUAAACUUACACAGUUACAUUUAUGUUUGAUUACAGUUAGAGAGGAAAAUAUUUUAUGGUGUACAUUCAUAGAACCAUAGAAUGGUUUGAGUUGGAAGGGGCCUUUGAGAUCAUCUAGUUUCAACCCCCUGCUAUAGGCAGGGACACCUCUCUAGGACCCCUUUGGCCAAGCCUUGAAUGCUUCUAGGGAGGGAACAUCCACAACCUCACUGCUCAGCCUGUUCCAGUGUCUCACAACCCUCACAGUAAAGAAUUUCCUCCUGGUAUCUGGUCUAAAUCUACCCUAUUCCACUUUAAAGCCAUUUCCCCUCAUGCUGUCACUACGUGCCCUUAUAAAAAUAUGUGGAACUGUUGGACCUUUUCUGUUUCAGCCUUCCAGUACUUAAAGUGAGCUUAUAAACAGAAAGACAAUUGACUUUUUACACAGGCAGAUAGUGAUAAGGAAAGGGGGAGCAUUUUUUAAACUAAAAGAGGAGAGAUUUAGAUUCUGUAUUAAGAGGAAAUUUUUACUCAGAGAUGGUGAGGUGCUGGCACAGGCUGCCCAGAGAAGCCGUGGAUGCCCCAUCCCUGCAGGUGCUCAAGACCAGGCUAGCUGGGAACCUGGGCAGCCUGAUCUGGUGGGUGACAACUCUGCCCAUGGCGUGGGAGAUGGAAGCAGAUGGUCUUUAAAGUGCUUUCCAACCCAAGACAUUCUAUGAUUGUGUGAAUUGCUUAGGGCUUUAUCCAUUUGUACCUUCAAAAUGUUCACGGAUGGAGAAUGAACAACUUCUAGUGGCAAUCUGAUCUGGUGCCUGACUGUCCUCAGCUUAAAAAAGAAAUCUACACUCCUAUCCAGUUGAAAGCUGCUUUCUUUCAGUGAAGUCUGCUGUCUCUUUUACUGUGCACACCUGCCUUAAUUUUCAUAAUCUCUUUGUAAAUUUCAGAAAGCUUCUAUCAGGAUUUUCCUAAACCUGUUGUCUAGGCUGAAUAAGUACAGCCUCUCCUUCUACAUCAAGUGCUUCUGCCUCCUUUGCUUCUCAGUGGAAUGCUGUUGAACUUGCUCCAUUUAUUGUAGUCCUCUUGAUUUGAGGGACAUGAAAUUAGAUGCAGAGUUAAGAAUUCAUUCUUGAAGAUCUCUAGAUUCUGCAUUCAGUUAAGCAUUAGCAACCAAGCCUGUUUUAGCCUGCCAAAGAAUUGCUCACAAACAGGUUUUUUUGUUUGGUUAUGCAAAAGUCCAGUUGACUUUUCUGGGACAUGGCUGUCUUGUGAUUUUGAACCAUUCAGAGGAAGAAAAAAACUGUCACAGAAUCAUAGAAUGAUUCUCAUAGUUCUCACAGAACUACCUGCAUACAGAACAUACAGUGAAAACUCAUGUCUUCCUUCAAGCUAGUGUCCAAAAAUGGCUUUUGAAAGCAUAGAAGUUGAGUGUUUUGAAGAAUGUGGUAUAUUGAAAAGAACAUUUAAAAUUAAAAACGUAUUAAAAUAGCAAUUUAUUGGUUAUCUUGUUGAAACUCUUUGUUUGAUAAAAGCCAAAUGCUGUCACCUCAAUUCUAAAAUAGAAUGACUUUUAAAAUCUAAUGAUUGAAAUUAUCAUACAGAAUUUCAUGUUACGUGUGUUGCUCUGAGAGUAAUUACAAAAAGCACAGUAACACUACAUGAUAGAACAAAUUCUCAGCUAUAACAUACUGUUUUUCAACAUAGUCACUACUAUUAGGUAUGCAUUUUCACCACAACAAGAGCCUGCAUGCCAUGCUUGUAAAAAAAUCUGCUGACAUUGCUGCUGAAAUGCACCACCCACUGCCUCACUCUUGGUCUCCAUCAAUGUUCAGCAAAUGUUGAAGAUUGUCAGUGGAUGCCAUUUUUUUCCACAUGGAGGAAUUCAAAGGAGUGAAACACCUUUGUUUUAUAUACCAUUUAUCACACUGCUCCUUUGCUGCCAUCCAUUGUAUGGUAACAAAAUAUAACAGCAUAUUGGUGGGAAGGUUCAGUCUCUACUGCCGUACCACCAACAUGAUGGUGGUACCACCGCCUCUGAUGUUGUUGGCCAAGAUAAUAAAACAGGAGGCACUACUUUUGGAACAACCCUAAUAGUCUUCUCUGACUGCUACUUUUGUCAUCUGACAUGUGGUUUUUAUAUUACUGAAUUUCAAAAAAAAGAUUUUUAGCAUGACUUGUUCAUAGCAUUUAUGAUUGUAUUACGCUUUGAAAAGGCAUUAAUUUGAAACUUUUCUAUAAUAGUUACUGCCUUGGUUCGCUUGUUUAUAUAAGCUACAAAGGAUGCUGGACAGGUAUGAAGGAUGUAAGUUUUCUCUGCAUCAGACAGAGGUAAAGAAUGGAGAUUCCAACUCAGGAGAUCAGGGUCAGAUAGAGACAUUCUAUUUCUAGGAAGUGUUUUCUGGGAAAUCUGCCUGGGCUCAUUUACCUUCAAUUGUCAUUGCUUUUCAUCAGGAGAAGAAAACUGUUCAGAUAAAGGGUCAGAUCUGCCAGUUUCUAUUAGAACUGAAUAAAUGCUUUAAAAGCACAGCUGAUCAUCAUUUCUUGAACUUCAGACUUACACAAAAGAUGAUUUUGGAAUCUAUUUGUGUAAUAGUCCCUGCUUUGGAGCUUAGAUUUUUCGUGGAUAAUGUGAACAAAUUAUUUUACAAUUAUUAAUUAUUAAUACAAUUAUUUUAACAUCAGUGCCUCUUCAAAGGAUAACAGACUAAGAUGAAAUUCUGACCUCCUUUUGCUUUGGGAAUGUGGCUUAUGAAAUCUUAAAUUCUACCUUAAAGGUUGAGUCCACAAGGACUCCAGAAAUGGUGGUGAGAAAUACUGGCUUUGCCUCAGUUCUUUCCCACCGUACGAACAAGAUUGGCCCAUAUGGCUUGCAUUUCUCAUUCUCCACUAGCAAAGACACCUGGACAGUUAACACCUGAAGUUUACUUUGCAGGACUCUGUUGUGAGCAGGGCUUUUCAAAAAUGAAGGAAAAUUUGCCUUCUCGCUACCCACUAGAAGCAUUUCCAGACAAAAAAGUUCCAGCCUUCUCCCACAUACAGAAGUGGGUAAGAUGUGAGUUUGGCAAAGAACAGGCAUUUUUCCUACCCACUCCCAAGAGAAAACACUGCUUUUUUCAUGAUGUAAAUUUCCCUAUUUAUUUCCCAAAGGAAUAGGAACUCAAAGUAAUCAUUCUUUCCACCUUCUUGACUCCAAAAGGUCUCCCAAUUAAGAAAGCAUUAAUUCCCUUCUUGUAUUAUAAUGUGAUUGCAAACACUGAUAAAAUGGUAUUAUAGACAAAAUAUGUGAGAGUAGCAAAGCACUUGCUAGCCAGUAUUUGGCAUAGUAUUGUUUCUUACUGAAAAUGUAUUUUCUAAUGGUAAUAUAUACAUAUAUAUAUAUAAUAUAUAUAAUAUAUACAUAAUCUAAAUCUUGAUUUAUUUAAAGCCUAAAUUUGAAUAGGCUUACUUUCUGAGCUAGGUGAAAAGAUUCAGUACCGUCUUAGCUCCCAAACCUAUGGCUACAGAACCGUAUUUGUAUAUGAAAUGACUGGCAUUUAUUUUUAUCACUGGUCUGUACACAAUUUUUUUAGCUUAUCUUGCACUGUAAAUCGUCCUUGUUACAAGAGUGAUUCUAGUCUGAUUUACAGUCCUAACUUUACCGUCAUCCCGCAGAGAUCUGGCAUUCAUGAUUCUUUAUAUUCAGCAGUUCUUACAUCAGGAAUGUUGAAUAAUGAAGUUGAGAGAAUUAGUUUUUUUUUCUAAAGAAAAGCUUUCAGGAACUCUUGGAAGAGGUCCAGAGGAGGGCCACUAAGAUGAUCAGAGGCUGGAGCACCUAUGAAGAAAUGCUGAGGGAACUGGCCUUGUUUAGCUUGGAGAAGAGAAGGCUACAGGGUGACCUCAUUGUGGCCUUCCAGUACUUGAAGGGAGAGUAUAAGCAGGAGGGG